AUGGCGGAGGCCUUGGGUCUUGCAUCCAGCAUCAUAGCUGUUGCCGACCUCGCUGGGAAGACGAUUUCUCUCUCGGUCAAGCUUAAGGCCCUCUGGGACGAGGUGAAAGAUGUUCCGGUCACCCUCCUUGAAAAGGCGGAGUAUCUCCAGCACCUCGAAGAGCUUCUUUACCUAGCAGAACAAGAUGCCGCAGAAGAUGCGACCCCAACGGCUAUUUGGAAUCCCAUCAACAGAGCUCGCGCCGCCAGGAACGAUGUCCAGAAUACGAUCGACGCAUAUACAGAAGAGCUCGCCAACGGGCAGCGGUUUAGGCGCAGAAUCGCCGCUGCCAAGAUCGUCAUCCAGAAAGACAAUUUGAAAGCAGUAGAGCAUAAGCUUGACAAGGCCUUAGAACUCUACAAGCUUGCUAAUGAUGUCACUUACGGGUAUAACUACUCGUGCAGAUGCUUCCUGCUAUAUUUCAAGCCAUAUGGUUGA